AUGGGGACGAUGACAGAAGGUCGCAAACACGAAGCAGAGGCGUGGCUAGACUGUAGCGACAGCAGGACGGCGAAGGAUAAAGUGGCCGGCGUCGGCCUUGGCGCGAAGCAGGGGAGGCGAAGCUCCUGCUCGGGGAGGUGCGACAAGGGGAACCGCGUGGAGGCGCGGAGGAAGGCGGCAGCGGCGAAUCGAGUCGGAGGUGAGCAUGAGAUGGCAUCAGAGAGGGUACAGUUGUUGCUGCUGCCGACUCUGACGGAGGAGAGAUCUGGCGGCGGAGCUAGCGAGGCGGCGGCGCCGGGUAGACGAGGAGGCAGGCGAGGAGUAGAGGGACGACGGAGCGGAGCAGAGCAGCGCCUCGGGUCUCGUGUAGGAGGUGGGGUCAUGGUCGUGAUCGACCUCGACCUCGUCAAGGGGAUCGGGCGUCUCCCCUGGAGGCGUUGGGUGCAGUUCGCAGCGCUCAGGGGGGAAUCGACAGGAAGGAGCGGGGGUUAG